GGAGACAGAAGCUGCCUCACCCAGAAACACAGAGACGGAGCAGAGACAAUUAGAGUGCAAGGUCAGAGACACCUGUAACAUGAUUCAGAGACAGCUGAACAGAAUGAGACAGCUGGCCAAUCACGGGCCUGGCAGGUCAAAUGACGUCACAGACUUAUUGCCUGAAGAAUUACUUCUGGCAGAUCAGCAGGUGGAGGUGGUGAAGAGAGCGGCUCAUCUUGUAGGGAAGCGAUUGGCGAGCUGUAUGCAGGGCCCGCUGAGCUCCGACAUGGACAAGAGGCUGAAGAAACUCGCAUUGAUGACGCUCUCAAUGACCAUGGCGGAUUGUUUGAAAGAAAUGGAGAGCGAGUCCAGUCUCCGAACCAAGGAGGCAUUCACCUCAGAGAUUGCCCCAGGAUCUCCUCCCCCCGAGACAAACAUUGAAACCAACAUUUCAAUGCUAAACGUCUUUCCUCCCCCUCUGUUCUCUGUGACUGCCACUCACAUCUCUCCCUCUCAGGAAGAACUACCUGCAAUUCUGAAGCACCGGAAACAACUACAGAAACUGCUGACAGACUGGAACAAUGCAAAAACUCGGCUUUCUCAGGUCCAGAAGAACAUAGCUGUGGCCCCAGGAGGAAGUAGUGCCGGGACCCCAGCUAAACUGGAGAGCCUGAAGGAGGAAGCAGAGGAACUGCGCAGGAGAGUGGAGCAGAGCAAGGACGACUAUUUAUCUGACUUGUAUCACUUCGGGACAAAGGAAGAUGAAUACAAAAACUACUUCAUAAGGCUUCUGCAGCUUCAGGCGGAUUAUCACAGGAAGUCUCUGGCGCAGCUGACCGAUGUGUUGGGGGAGCUGAGAGACACCAUAAAGGACAACGCUCCCGCACAGCUGCCUCCCGCCGAGGUAUACGGAGUACCGCUGGCAACACACCUAGACAGAUUUGAGUGUGAAAUUGCUGUGCCCAUAUCAGCCUGUGUGAGGAUGCUGCUGAGCCAUGGGAUGAAGGAGGAGGGUCUCUUUCGUCUGGCUGCAGGUGCAUCAAUCCUGAAAAAACUGAAGUCCAGUCUGGGUGCCGGUGCCAGGGACUUGGAGGAGUUCCUGUCUGAGCCCCAUGCUGUGGCCGGUGCCCUCAAGUCUUAUCUCCGGGAACUUCCAGAACCACUUAUGACCUCUGAACUCUUUGAUGAUUGGAUGAAAGCUGCCAGCAUCAAAGAACUAGAAAAACGCCAGGAGAGUUAUAGAGAGGUUUGUGCCCAGCUGCCCCCCGAAAACUACAACAACCUCAGUCCUCCCCAGCUUCUGCAGCUUCAGGCGGAUUAUCACAGGAAGUCUCUGGCGCAGCUGACCGAUGUGUUGGGGGAGCUGAGAGACACCAUAAAGGACAACGCUCCCGCACAGCUGCCUCCCGCCGAGGUAUACGGAGUACCGCUGGCAACACACCUAGACAGAUUUGAGUGUGAAAUUGCUGUGCCCAUAUCAGCCUGUGUGAGGAUGCUGCUGAGCCAUGGGAUGAAGGAGGAGGGUCUCUUUCGUCUGGCUGCAGGUGCAUCAAUCCUGAAAAAACUGAAGUCCAGUCUGGGUGCCGGUGCCAGGGACUUGGAGGAGUUCCUGUCUGAGCCCCAUGCUGUGGCCGGUGCCCUCAAGUCUUAUCUCCGGGAACUUCCAGAACCACUUAUGACCUCUGAACUCUUUGAUGAUUGGAUGAAAGCUGCCAGCAUCAAAGAACUAGAAAAACGCCAGGAGAGUUAUAGAGAGGUUUGUGCCCAGCUGCCCCCCGAAAACUACAACAACCUCAGGUAUUUAAUCAAGUUUUUUGCAAAGUUGGCAGAACACCAAGAAGUGAACAAAAUGACACCAAGUAAUAUUGCGAUAGUGCUGGGCCCCAACCUCCUGUGGGCCCGAAGUGACGGAGAUUCUUCUUUGCUGGACAUGGCUUCCGCCUCUCCCAUCAUGGUGGUGUCAGUGGUGGAAGGUUUGAUAAGUUGCUCUGCACACGUCUUCCCAGAAGAUAUAGAUUUUGGAGUUCCAGAAGAAAGUGUUGCCCCCCCAGCAGCAGAAUCUACACCCCAAACCUCCGAAAUACCAUGGAAAUCCGAUAGUUCUAAUCUUCCCUCUUCUCCAACGCAACUGCCCUCCCCCUCCAAACCAGAAAUAGAUGGUGAAGCCAUAAGUGAUACCCAAGAACCAUGUGCCAGCAAAGCAACUCUUGCAAAGAUGCAGCCACCUCCUGAGGAGGGCAAUACCACGGGGGCACAGGAGGAGUCCAGCCCCACAACAGCCAGAAAAGUGAAGAGGCCAGCUCCUCUGCGGCCCAGUGUGCCUCCACCUGUCCAGCCUCGAGGGACCAUGACCAUUGAGCCAUCUGAUGAACUCCAGAAUCCCCGGCCUAUUCCAAGGAAGAAUAUCGGUGGCAGCUUAAAAGUGCCCAACCUGCCCCCCCCUCCAGCUCCCAAAGCUGCCAAUGUAAAACCUGAGGCCAGUGAUGCCGAUCUCUCCAGGAAAACACCCCCCCGACCAUUGCCCAGAAAUCGCAUUCAAUCUGCAGACAACUAUUGAGAAGGAUUGUGCCAGCUUGUGGCUCAUAUCAUAUGAGAAGAUAGGAACUGCACUGCCUGGGGCAUACUGGGG